AUAAAUUUGAGAAAUUUUUUGAUGAAGUUUUAUUGUAUACGUGGUAAAAACGCACACCGAAACAUGUUCACGAACUAAUUAAAGCUGUUGUGUGAAACCUGUUUUUAGUGAUUAUUAAUGAAAUAUAAGUUUUAGUUAGUGAUACUUGUUAUGGAAAACCAGUGCCUUAUUAAUACUGCGUGGAGAAUGGAUAAGUUGAAGUUGCAAGGUAAAUUUUUUGUUGUUUUUUGCUGCGAUUUUGGGGUUAGGUGGAAAUUUGAAUUCGAAUUUGGCGCCACGGUAUUUCCGGUGUGAAUAUGGCAGAUGUGGAAAAAGGGUUUUAAAGGUUACAAAUGGAUUAUUCACGGGUUUUUUUGUUCGAUAGAGUUGCAAUAUGGUGUAAUCGUUGAUUUUCCACCAAGUUUGAGAGGUUGGAUUGUGUGGUAUUUGUCUGGUGGUCGAAUUUAAUAAUGACAUUUCGGCCAUUACGUUUCCGGUGUAUAUGACUAGUACACGCGGCGAGCAUCGAGCAGCUGAAAGUUUGGGAGCCGUAAUUUCUCACGAGAAAAGUUUAGUUUAAGUGUUUAUGUUGUGAGUAAAAUUAAGGAAAUAAUGUCUAACAGUGCGGCGCCGGACAGUUGGGAAUCGCAGGCCGACAAUUCGCCCGACAAAAAUUCGGACGUGACAUCCAGCUUUUCCACGUUAAACGUGAACGCCGUUGAAUUUGUGCCUUCUUUUUCCUUCGCUAAAUCUCCCGUAACGACAGAAAAUACGCCGCCGGACUCGUCGCAAGACUCGUCAGACUCGUCCCCAAGACAUGCCCCCGUUUUAAACGGAACAAGUAGCGGCGCCGAGGGCACGGAACGCGUGGAAGUGAAAGAGCCGCCACCCAUCCCGCCGGCCGACGGCGACGCAGCGGCGGCCAAAACGGCGGCCAGCACCCCGUCCUCGACCCCCACCACGCCCAGCGAACAGCCCGCGACGGCGCCCGCCGCCGAGCCGACGACAGAGGAGGCCGACAGCGGAGGCGGCGGCUCCGCCGGCGGCGGAGGCGGCGGCGGCGGCACGUGGGAGGACGCGGCCGACGACGACAGCGCGUCGGGGGGCGGCGCGGCCAGCGGCACGCAGACGCCGACGGGCGGCAGCGAGCACGGCACCGGAAACGCCGCCACGACGCCCGACGAGGACGACGAGCCGUCGAGCGAGGAGGCCCCCGUGAAGGUGGUCAAGAAGAAGAUGGUCAAAGAGGAGGUGUUCAAAGAGAAGAAGGAGCACGUGAACGUGGUCUUCAUCGGCCACGUGGACGCCGGCAAGUCCACCAUCGGCGGACAAAUCAUGGCUCUGACCGGCAUGGUGGACAAAAGGACCCUGGAAAAGUACGAACGAGAAGCGAGAGAAAAGAGCAGGGAAUCGUGGUACCUCAGCUGGGCUUUGGACACCAACCAAGAAGAAAGGGACAAAGGAAAGACCGUCGAGGUGGGUAGGGCGUUUUUCGAAACGGAAAAGAGACAUUUCACGAUUCUGGACGCCCCAGGACACAAAAGUUUCGUGCCUAACAUGAUCGGCGGUGCUGCGCAGGCCGACUUGGCUGUACUAGUUAUAUCUGCGCGGAAAGGUGAAUUCGAAACUGGAUUUGAUAGGGGCGGUCAGACAAGGGAGCACGCCAUGUUGGCCAAAACGGCCGGCGUGAAGUACCUGGUGGUUCUGGUGAACAAAAUGGACGACCCGACGGUGAACUGGGAGGAAUCCAGAUACGUGGAGUGUAGGGAUAAAAUUUUGCCGUAUCUGAAAAAGUUGGGUUUCAACUACAACAAGGACCUGUUCUUCCUGCCUUGCUCCGGCCAGACCGGGCAGGGCUUGAAGGACCCCAUCGAGGAGAAAAUCUGCCCGUGGUGGAAGGGCCCCCCUUUCAUACCGUUCAUCGAUAGUUUGCCGUCGUUGAACAGGAAAGCCGACGGUCCGUUCAUCAUGCCCAUCGUGGACAAGUACAAGGAUAUGGGUACGGUGGUGAUGGGCAAGGUCGAGUCGGGGGAGUGCCGAAAAGGACAGAGCUUGGUCAUCAUGCCCAACAGGACGCCCGUGAUUGUCGACAUGCUGCUCAGCGACGACGACGAGGUGAGCAGGGUGGUGCCGGGCGAGAACGUGAAGAUCAAGAUCAAGGGCGUGGAGGAGGAGGACGUGAGUCCGGGCUUCGUGCUGUGCGACGCCAUCCAACCCAUCCGCACGGGGCGCAUCUUCGACGCGCAGCUCGUCAUCCUCGAGCACAAGUCGAUCAUUUGCGCGGGCUACAGCGCCGUGAUGCACAUCCACUGCGCGGCCGAGGAGGUCACCGUCAAAGCCUUAAUCUGUCUGGUGGACAAAAAAACGGGCGAUAAGAGCAAAACGAGACCGCGGUUCGUCAAACAGGACCAAGUGGCCAUAAUGAGAAUAGAAUGCGCGGGCGUGAUCUGUCUCGAGCCCUUCAAACUGUUCCCGCAAAUGGGCCGAUUUACACUUAGAGAUGAAAAUAAGACAAUUGCAAUUGGAAAGGUACUAAAACUGGUGGAAUAAGUUGUUUGCUAUAGACUGUAGUCCUAAACUCAAUAUUUUAACCGAUAAACCAACAAAAACUAUACAACAAAAAUCGAACUGAAGAGUGGACAUAAAAAAACAAAUAAAAUCAUCAAAAAACUUAACAAAAUAAAUAAUAGAGAGAGGUGAAGGUUGAUCAACGCCCCCCACAAAUAAUAGAAAACUGUUUUGUCCACAAUGAAUUGAAUCGAGUAUUUUUCGAAAAUACGCAAAAAUUAAAUUUUUUUAUUGAUAUAAAAUGGUGCUGCCUCAACCUUUUUUAUAAGCCAAACUGUUAAGAAAUUAUUUAUAUUGGAUUAUUUCACAUUAUUAUUAUUAUUAUUUUAUUUUUUUCUCAAUUGUAAUAUAUUCUAUGGUAUGGUGUACCUUUUUUUAUUAUUUAUGCGCGAUCUUAUACUUUUUGCGAAAACUACAAAACAAAAAGCAACAACUUCAGCCAUGUGUUGAAGUUUUGUUGGGUAAAGUUUUGUAGUUUUUGAAACAUUUACAAUCGUAACCUGUUUGGCGCCAAAAUCGCAGCUUACGAUAAUCAAAAUUGUGUAAAAAUCAUUUUUUAUCCCGAUAAUCUAAAUUGGGAUUUUAGCUUUUGACAAAAAGUUUAAGAUUGUUGGUUCCAUUUAAUUUAUAAUUUUCUGCUCAAAAAUAAAGGGUUACAUUAUUAAUUUUGGUCCUCUGAAUGUGUGGUUAAACAUUGAACAUCGUUGACAAAAUCAAAAUUGGUCGUUUUUUGUAUUGCAAAGUUUUCCUGGAUAAACAUCGAUUGUUGAAUUGGUAUUUUUGUAUUUAUUUGUUUUGUUUGCAUAAAUAAAUGUUUUGUUAAACUUUGCAUUGUAAAAUGAACGAUAUUUUGAAGAACAAUAGUUUAAAUAUGGUGCUUCAAAGCGAAAAAUAAAGGUUUUUUCCCCUAAACAUGGCCUAUUUUUUACUGAUAAAAGAACAGACAACACCUUGGAGCUGCAAAAAAACUCUAUUUUUUAACAUAUUUAAACUGAAAACAAAAAGGGGGAAAAUUUAGGAAUUACAAGUAAAAAAACGUUAAUAAAAAGAAAAGUAACUGCCUUUAACUCCCAGUUAUAUACAUUUUUGAAUAACUUCUUGAAAAUUGACUGUACAUAAGAGAAGCUUAUAAAUGUCACAAUGUGACCUAUAAGAAAAAAUUAUAUUUGCUUACGUUGUAAUUUUUGCAAAAACAACAGUUUUUUGUUAAAUUUAAGUUUUAAUCCUUUUAUUAAUUAUUAAGUGAGUAACCAAGAAAUGUUGCUAUCAAUUUUAUAUAUUCAAUAAAAUGUAAAAUUGC